GUGCCAAUUUUCUCCGAUUGGUUCUCAUUCAAUAAUUCAAUAUUCCGCUCAUCUAAUCCGACGGUCGAAGAGGGAGAGGAAACGCAUCGCCGCCCUUCACUUUUAGCCUCUCCGCCCUUCUUCUCCUUCUCCUCUGCGCGGAUUGACAAUUUUCACCAUGAAUGAGAAGGCCGGCGUUUCCAAGGAGCUUAAUGCCAAGCAUAGGAAGAUUUUGGAAGGACUUCUUAAGUUACCCGAAAAUAGGGAGUGUGCUGAUUGCAAAUGCAAAGGUCCUCGAUGGGCUAGUGUGAACUUAGGCAUAUUUAUAUGCAUGCAAUGCUCUGGAAUCCACAGAAGUCUUGGGGUCCACAUAUCAAAGGUGAGAUCGGCUACACUUGACACAUGGCUUCCUGAACAAGUUGCAUUUAUCCACUCCAUGGGAAAUGAAAAGGCAAACAGUUACUGGGAGGCAGAGCUUCCCCCGAAUUACGAUAGAGUUGGGAUUGAGAAUUUCAUUCGUGCAAAGUAUGAAGAGAAGAGAUGGGUACCCAAGGAUGGGAAUCUAAAGUCACCUCCUAGGAGAACUGAAGAAAAAGUUUCUGUACAGUUGCAACGGCCUAGUGAUAGAAGUGGGAACGGACGUUCCAGCAGUUCCGGGAAUUCUUCUGAGAGGAAGAAUGUUCCAGCACCUAGUACAAGACAAAACAUUCCUGCUGCCAGGAUGAGUGUGCCUGUGCCUCCUAAAGCUGCAGAACAAGUAGCUCCAGCUCCAGCUGCAGUUACUGAGCAAGUGGUUCAGAAAGUAGAGACAGCUCUGCCUGCUGAACCUUCAAAGCAGGUUGAAGAGAAGAUCUCUCCUCCAAAAGUUGAUUAUGCAACUGAUCUUUUCGACAUGCUUUCUAUGGAUGGUUCUGGUGAAAAUACUACUGGAGCUUCCGGGGAUGAUAAUACGUGGGCAGGAUUUCAAUCUGCUGAUGUGUCAUCUUCAACAGAAAAGACCAUUCCAGCAAAACUUGAUGAAAACAAAUCACAGCCUGCUUCUAAAAUUGAAGAUCUUUUCAAGGAUUCACCACCAAUUGCACCUAGUUCAACAGCAGUGAAUUCCCAAAAAGAUGUUAAAACUGAUAUUAUGUCUCUUUUUGAGAAGACCAAUAUUGUUUCUCCAUUCACUGCUCACCAACAACAACUUGCUAUUCUAGCUCAACAACAGUCACUUUUAAUGGCUGCUGCAGCAAAUGCUUCUGGGGCAAUGCCAAAAGCUCCUAACAACACACAAGUAGGGCUUAAUGGUACCAACUUGCCCAACCAAAGUUGGCCAAAUGCUGGUUACCAGUUCCCUGGAAUGAUGAUGACAGAAGCUCAGAAAGCUGAAGUAGUGAAGUAUAUGCAGAUGGGAAACAUGGGACCACCUCAACCAAUUGGAAAUUCUUUUCCUCUCCCAACGUCUAGCUCAUAUGCAAUGGGAAAUAAUAUAUCUAGUAAUGGCAGUAUGCCCGUAGCUGGCCAACAGAAUUCAUCCUCACUUUCUUCAGGUUCUUCACAAUCAGGAAAAGAGUACGAUUUUUCCUCUUUGACGCAAGGGUUCUUCACAAAACAUUGAACAUGGAAACGGCUUUUUGGACCUUCCAUAGCACACACUACACAAGUAAUUCAAAGAAAUUCUAGCUAUUUGAGUUUUUAUUUUUCCUCCUGUAUUUGGGGGUUGUAAACUAUAGUAGGGGAGGGAAGCGAUUUGAGCUUGAAGGUGUAUCAGAGUAGAAUUAUGCUCAAAGUGUGAUAUUCUUUGCUAGCAUGUUUUGAACACUAUUUGUUCUUUUGAUCUAUUGAUCAUGAAGAAAAAGACGAAAGCGAUUAGUGUAGUAUAUGUAGAAGAUGUUCAUUCUACGUUGUUCUUUA